CAUAAACAAUUUUUUGAAUGUGCAUUCACAUUUUUUCAAAACUGCAUGCACCUUUUUUUAAAACUGCAUACACAAAAAUUAAUCAUUUUUUGCCGCAACGGCGCGCCAUAGGCUUUAGUGUUCCGGGGUCAUAGCACUUGCGCGUUGAUAACAGUGGGCUAGUGGAAGACGUGCAUGAUUCAUCUCCCGUAAUUAGCGGAUUAUCAAGGUUGUAAGAGCUGGGCGUCAUUCACUCAUUGGCAAGGCAAGAGGGUUUUCUAAGUAUGGCACUCCAUAAACUUUCAUUUGAGGAAAGUUUUUCGGUUGAAGUUAUUGAAGAUGAUUUUGAAAUCCGAGAUCUGUUUGAUUCCAAAAAGGAUUUGCUAUUAAAGCAGAGCGAUAUCGACGUAUUGUAUGUUGCAAAUCUUGGCGAAGUAAUCAACAGAAUAGACUUGUUCAAGAAAUGCUUGCCAAACGUAGAACCAUUCUAUGCAAUAAAGAGCAACCCGGAUCCCGUGGUAUUGAAAUUGCUGGGAAAGAGUGGCCUUGGAUUCGAUUGUGCAAGCAAUGAAGAGAUAGAGGCGGUCUUAAGGAUUGAUGUUCCUCCGGAGAAAAUGAUUUUUGCACACCCAACCAAGCAAAUAUCGCAUCUUGAGUUGGCUAAGAGAUACGACGUCAGUAUGAUGACAUUUGACUGUGAAAGCGAAUUGCAUAAAAUCAAAGAGAUAUACCCGGAAGCCGAAUUGGUUAUCAGAAUGUUGGUUGACAGUUCAAAGUCUGAAUUUCCGAUGGGUACUAAGUUUGGAGUCAAGAAAGGUUGCACAAAAGAAUUGCUCACCAAAGCGAAACAGCUGCAAUUGAAUGUGAUUGGUGUGAGUUUUCAUGUUGGUUCUACAUGUUUGGAUUUGGAAACAUAUGUGCAAGCAGUUCAAGAUGCGAGGGCAGUUUUUGACGAGGCGGCCAGCUUAGGAUAUGAGUUUACCCUUCUUGAUAUCGGUGGAGGAUUUCCAGGUGCCAUAGGGACAGAGGAACCCUUUCGCAAGAUUGCAGAGACGUUACAGAAAUCUUUGAAAGAUAAUUUCUUUUUAUCGUCUGGAAUACGAAUUAUAGCUGAGCCAGGACGAUAUUUCAUUGAUGGUGCUUUUUCUUCUGCAUGUGAAAUAACGGCUGUAAAGAUUGCCGAAGAGGGAAUUGGUAAAGAAAAUGGUUCUGUUGAG